AUGGCGUGGGAUUUGGUCUUAGGCCAUUCGAAGAAGAUACUCCCGAAAGACUUCCAAAAGAAACUCGAUGAAAGAAUUGCACGUGCUGCGUCACGUGGCUUCACCCAUAAAUAUCAGAAUGAACGGGGACACGAAGACAACUCCAUAUGCCUCAAACAGCUUGCUCCGGCUACUCUAAAGAAGUAUGAAGAUGCAGCAAUAAACUAG